AUGGCGAGCAACAAGGUGGCUGUCAGCAAUCUGGCUCCGGAUGCCAACGAAGAGAUCCUGAAAGUGCAUUUCGGGCAAUUCGGCCAGGUCGUCGAGGCCGCAAUCCUGGAAAACCGAACCACCGCAUAUGUCACGUAUGCCGACCAGGAUCAAGCCAACGCGGCAAUUGCGGCCUCAAAUGAUCAGGACUUUUUGGGACAAAGCAUUACGGUCAGGCCAUUUACCGGCGGUCCGGGUGACUUCCCCUUUGGCGGCAUCAGGUAA